AUGGCAAUGGAACCUCACGAGAUUGUGAGACCUAUUCCAACACGGCCGGUUGUGCAGACAAUUCCUAUUCGGAUGCCACGGCCUAACUCAAUGGAAUCUGUCAUGCGGCGUAUCAUGAGAGACGAUAUACAGAUGGAGCCCCAACAAAUUGCGAUACCAACUUCACUUCCUUAUUGGGAACCACCUCCACAUCUCAACGUAUUGUUUUCUAAUAUACAAAACGAGUGCCAACAAAUUCCAAUCCCGCCGAUCGUGGAACCGAUUCCUUAUGUGGAACCACCUUCAUUAUCAUCUCUCAUUCAGAAUGUUCUAGGACGAGACGAAUUCUAUAAUGCACUAUUCCCCCAGAUACCAAUUGCACCACUUCUACAGCCAAACCCCAUCAUCCAGUCAGGAAACCAGGAAGAGCUCCCUUCGAAUACAUCCCCACCACCAACCACUGAACCUGACUCAAACCCCCUGGAGUCAUACCCAAUUCAGGAGAUUCUUUUCCGGUAUGCUGAUGGGUUGAGCAAAGCGAAUCUCCGACUUGUCAAUCGUGCAUUUCACCAGAUCGCAAACAGAUCGCCGCUUGGAAUCACCAAAAUCAAAGUAAUCGAACACGAACUGAAAAUCGAGCUCGAUGUUUUUGAUGGGGAAUGGAUCCGCAAGGAUUUUAGUAAAGUCAAAGAUUUCAUGUCGGAAUUCCUCUGA